UUUGCUAUGAAAUAUGGGACUGUUUUUUCUUACAAAUGUUUCUGUUUUAAAGGCAGCAUCAUUACCCAACAAAGUCUCCUACCCUCCUUCCCUAAAUGUAAAUCCUGCCCCUUCAGCAGCAGCAGCAGCUCUGCAUUGUUUCCUCUUGGAAGUGUGAGCUCAAGGGGACAGACAUUCCCACUGCUAAGCUGGUGCACUAAAGCUGUGAUCUGCCCUUGUUGUAUUAUUAAUGGCACAAUGUUUUUAUGUUGCAGAUGGCUGAGAGCUAGCAAGGAAAAUUCAGGACCAUGAUGGCUCAGUUUCCCACAGCUAUGAAUGGAGGGCCAAACAUGUGGGCUAUUACCUCUGAGGAACGGACUAAGCAUGACAAGCAGUUUGAUAACCUCAAACCCUCAGGAGGUUACAUAACAGGUGAUCAAGCACGUACCUUUUUCUUACAGUCAGGCCUGCCGGCUCCUGUUUUAGCUGAAAUAUGGGCUUUAUCAGAUCUGAACAAGGAUGGGAAGAUGGAUCAGCAAGAGUUCUCCAUAGCAAUGAAACUCAUCAAGCUAAAGCUGCAGGGCCAACAGUUGCCCGUGGUCCUCCCUCCUAUUAUGAAACAACCUCCUAUGUUCUCUCCAUUAAUUUCUGCUCGUUUCGGAAUGGGAAGCAUGCCCAAUCUGUCCAUUCCUCACUCAUUGCCUCCAGUUGCACCUAUGGCAACCCCCUUAUCCUCUGCGACUUCAGGGACCACCCUUCCUCCCUUAAUGAUGCCUGCUCCCCUAGUGCCUUCUGUUAGCACAUCAUCACUACCAAAUGGAACCGCUGGCCUCAUUCAGCCUUUAUCCAUUCCUUAUUCUUCUUCAACAUUGCCUCAUACGUCAUCUUACAGUCUCAUGAUGGGAGGACUCGGCGGCGGUGCUAGUUUACAGAAAGCCCAGUCUCUGAUUGAUCUAGGAUCUAGUAGCUCAACUUCCUCAACUGCUUCACUAUCAGGGAACUCGCCCAAGACUGGGACCUCAGAGUGGGCAGUUCCUCAGCCUUCAAGAUUAAAAUAUCGACAAAAAUUUAAUAGUCUUGACAAAAGUAUGAGUGGAUACCUCUCAGGUUUUCAAGCUAGAAAUGCUCUUCUUCAGUCAAAUCUUUCCCAAACUCAGCUAGCUACUAUUUGGACCCUGGCUGACAUUGAUGGUGACGGACAGCUGAGAGCUGAAGAGUUCAUCCUUGCGAUGCACCUCACUGACAUGGCCAAAGCCGGACAACCGUUACCACUGACGUUGCCUCCUGAGCUUGUCCCUCCGUCUUUCAGGGGAGGAAAGCAAAUUGAUUCUAUUAAUGGAACUCUGCCUUCAUAUCAGAAAAUUCAAGAAGAGGAACCUCAGAAAAAAUUACCAGUUACUUUUGAGGACAAGCGGAAGGCCAACUACGAGCGAGGAAACGUGGAGUUGGAGAAGCGACGCCAAGCGCUGAUGGAGCAGCAGCAGAGGGAGGCAGAACGGAAGGCCCAGAAAGAAAAGGAAGAGUGGGAGCGCAAACAGAGAGAAUUGCAGGAGCAAGAAUGGAAGAAGCAACUUGAAUUAGAAAAACGCUUGGAGAAGCAGAGGGAACUGGAAAGACAGAGGGAGGAAGAAAGGAGAAAAGAGAUAGAAAGACGAGAGGCAGCAAAACAGGAACUAGAAAGACAACGUCGUAUAGAAUGGGAGAGGAUUCGUCGACAGGAGCUUCUCAAUCAAAGGAAUAGAGAACAGGAAGAAAUUGUCAGGUUAAACUCUAAAAAGAAGAGUCUUCAUCUCGAGUUGGAAGCACUGAAUGGCAAACAUCAGCAGAUCUCAGGCAGACUUCAAGAUGUCCGACUCCGAAAACAAACUCAAAAGACUGAGCUAGAAGUUCUAGAUAAGCAAUGUGACCUGGAAAUCAUGGAAAUCAAGCAACUGCAACAAGAACUUCAGGAUUAUCAAAAUAAGCUUAUCUAUUUGGUACCUGAGAAGCAGUUACUAAAUGAAAGAAUUAAGAACAUGCAACUCGGUAACACACCUGAUUUAGGGAUUGGUUUGCUUCAUAAAAAAUCAUUGGAAAAGGAAGAAUUAUGCCAAAGACUUAAAGAACAAUUAGACGCUCUUGAAAAAGAAACUGCAUCUAAGCUAUCCGAAAUGGAUUCAUUUAACAAUCAACUAAAGGAACUGAGAGAAAGCUACAACACACAGCAGUUAGCACUUGAACAACUUCAUAAAAUCAAACGUGACAAGUUGAAGGAAAUUGAAAGAAAACGGUCAGAGCUAAUACAGAAAAAGAAACUAGAAGAUGAGUCUAUCAGGAAAGCAAAGCAAGGAAAAGAAAACUUAUGGAGAGAAAGUCUUAGAAAGGAGGAAGAAGAAAAACAAAAGCGACUCCAGGAAGAAAAAACACAAGAGAAAGUUCAAGAAGAGGAGCGGAAAUUGGAGGAGAAGCAGUGUGAGCCAGCUAGUGCUUUGGUAAAUUAUAAAGCAUUGUAUCGCUUUGAAGCCAGGAGCCAUGAUGAGAUGAGUUUUAAUUCUGGGGAUAUAAUACAGGUUGAUGAAAAAACCAUAGGAGAACCUGGUUGGCUUUAUGGUAGUUUUCAAGGAAAUUUUGGCUGGUUUCCAUGCAACUACGUAGAAAAAAUGCCAUCAGGUGAAAAAUCUGUGUCUCCUAAGAAGGCCUUACUUCCCCCUACAGUAUCUGUAUCUGCUACCUCAACUUCCUCUGAAUCACUUUCUUCAAAUCAACCAGCAUCAGUGACUGAUUAUCAAAAUGUAUCUUUUACAAACCUAACUGUUAAUACAUCAUGGCAGAAAAAGUCAGCUUUUACUCGUACUGUGUCCCCUGGAUCUGUAUCACCGAUUCAUGGACAGGGACAGGUUGUAGAAAACCUAAAGGCACAGGCCCUUUGUUCUUGGACUGCAAAGAAAGAUAACCACUUGAACUUCUCAAAACAUGAUAUUAUUACUGUCUUGGAGCAGCAAGAAAAUUGGUGGUUUGGGGAGGUACAUGGAGGAAGAGGAUGGUUUCCAAAAUCUUAUGUCAAAAUCAUCCCUGGGAGUGAAGUCAAGCGGGAAGAACCAGAAGCUUUGUAUGCAGCUAUAAACAAGAAACCUACCUCUGCGGCCUCUACCGUUGGAGAUGAGUAUAUUGCACUUUAUUCAUAUUCAAGUGUAGAACCUGGAGAUUUGACUUUCAUUGAAGGUGAAGAAAUAUUGGUGACCCAGAAAGAUGGAGAGUGGUGGACAGGAAGCAUUGGAGAUAGAACUGGAAUUUUUCCGUCAAAUUAUGUCAAGCCAAAAGAUCAAGAGAGUUUUGGGAGUGCUAGCAAAUCUGGAACAUCAAACAAGAAACCUGAGAUUGCUCAAGUAACUUCAGCAUAUGUGGCUUCUGGUUCUGAACAACUAAGUCUUGCACCAGGGCAGUUAAUAUUAAUCCUAAAGAAAAAUUCAAGCGGGUGGUGGCAAGGGGAAUUACAGGCCAGAGGAAAAAAGCGACAGAAAGGAUGGUUUCCUGCCAGCCACGUUAAACUUUUGGGUCCAAGCAGUGAAAGAACUACACCUGCCUUUCAUCCUGUGUGUCAGGUGAUUGCCAUGUAUGACUAUGUUGCAAAUAAUGAGGAUGAGCUGAAUUUCUCCAAGGGACAGCUUAUCAAUGUUUUGAACAAAGAUGAUCCUGACUGGUGGCAGGGCGAAAUCAACGGGGUGACUGGUCUCUUUCCUUCAAACUAUGUUAAGAUGACAACAGACUCCGAUCCAAGUCAACAGUGGUGCGCGGACCUCCAGAGCCUGGACACCAUGCAGCCGGGGGAGAGGAAGAGGCAGGGCUACAUCCACGAGCUGAUCCAGACGGAGGAGCGGUACGUGGACGACCUGCAGCUCGUCGUGGAGGUUUUUCAGAAACGGAUGGUGGAGUCAGGCUUUCUCGCUGAAGGAGAAAUGGCCUUAAUCUUUGUAAACUGGAAGGAGCUCAUCAUGUGUAACACGAAGCUGCUGAAGGCCUUGCGGGUCCGGAAGAAGACGGGAGGAGAGAAGAUGCCCGUGCAGAUGAUCGGGGACAUCCUGGCCGCUGAGCUGUCCCACAUGCAGGCUUACAUCCGAUUCUGUAGCUGUCAGCUGAACGGAGCAGCUCUGUUACAGCAGAAGACGGACGAAGACACAGAGUUCAAGGAAUUUUUAAAGAAGCUGGCGUCUGACCCUCGCUGUAAGGGGAUGCCCCUGUCCAGCUUCCUGCUGAAGCCCAUGCAGAGGAUCACCCGCUACCCUCUUCUCAUCAGAAGCAUUCUGGAGAACACCCUGGAGAAUCACGUAGACCACUCCUCCCUAAAGCUGGCUCUUGAGCGGGCAGAGGAGCUUUGCUCCCAAGUUAAUGAAGGAGUUCGGGAAAAAGAAAAUUCCGACCGGCUGGAGUGGAUCCAGGCCCACGUUCAGUGUGACGGUCUGGCAGAGCAACUGAUUUUCAACUCCCUCACCAACUGCCUGGGGCCCCGGAAGCUUCUGCACAGUGGAAAGUUAUAUAAGACCAAGAGCAAUAAGGAGCUACAUGGAUUCCUCUUCAACGACUUUCUGCUCCUGACCUACAUGGUCAAGCAGUUUGCUGUUUCCUCAGGCUCUGAGAAGCUUUUCAACUCUAAGUCCAAUGCCCAGUUCAAAAUGUAUAAAACGCCCAUUUUCCUGAACGAAGUCUUGGUGAAACUGCCCACAGACCCUUCCAGCGAUGAGCCCGUCUUCCACAUUUCUCACAUUGACCGGGUCUACACCCUCCGAACAGACAACAUUAACGAGAGGACUGCCUGGGUCCAGAAGAUCAAGGCGGCCUCUGAGCAGUACAUCGACACGGAAAAGAAGAAACGGGAAAAAGCUUAUCAAGCUCGCUCGCAAAAGACUUCAGGCAUUGGACGUCUGAUGGUGCAGGUCAUCGAAGCUACAGAAUUAAAAGCCUGUAAACCAAAUGGAAAGAGCAAUCCAUACUGUGAAAUCAGCAUGGGCUCCCAGAGCUAUACCACCAGGACCCUCCCGGACACACUCAAUCCCAAGUGGAACUUUAACUGCCAGUUCUUUAUUAAGGAUCUCUACCAAGAUGUGCUGUGUCUCACCAUGUUUGACAGAGACCAGUUUUCACCGGAUGAUUUCCUGGGUCGUACUGAGGUUCCGGUGGCAAAAAUUCGCACAGAACAGGAAAGCAAAGGCCCCACAACCCGCCGACUCCUGCUGCACGAGGUCCCCACGGGAGAGGUCUGGGUCCGCUUUGACCUACAGCUUUUUGAGCAAAAAACUCUCCUGUAGAGGGCUCAGGGAUCUGCCCAAAAGGCCGGGGCUAGAGCCAGAUGGCCGGUGCUGCACCUGGGCCGAAGGAGCACUGCGGCUUCAUCCAUCACGGGCCACGCGCGGCGGCGCGAUUUUCUUGCACACUAAAUUGCUAGCAAUCUAUGCAACCAUGAUCUUUCCUAUAAAUAAACCAAACCCAUAGCACAGUGCCUUGUAUUAGUGUUAACAUCUCUGGCUGUGUUUAGAUGCCAGGGUUUCCAUUUUCAGGGCUAUAAAAAGUAUUAAGUGGAAAUGAGGCAUCAGAACACUGGACACUGUCCCGUGGUUGAAUGUACCCAGGGCGGGUGGUUUUGGUGACACUGUAGCCAUCCCCUGCCGGGGGGCCUGGGCCGGGAGUCGGGGGGGGUGGUGCCGUGCCAUAGGCGCUCAGGAGGUGGAGGACUGGGGAGAAGCACUGCCACCUCGGCGCGGGCAUAGCCUCGUGCUGAAGUCGGUCUUGCUCUCUGCACUGAACAAAAACACAAACUUGAUCAUUUUGUUCUCGAUUAGAUUUUAUCAUCUCUGCUGAGACAAUAGAGUUUGAAAUAUAAACGGGAAAGCUUGAUUUACUUUAAAUACUGUGAACUCCAAUGAUAUGGAAAUAUUUUUCAACUUUAAUUUUCUGAAAUAUAAAUUAUUUAUGUAAAUUCCUUGUUUUGCCUAUUUCAUAGGACAUGCAUCUUUAAGCUUUAUCAUUGCCAAUAUGUACAGAAAGAAUAAAAAUAUAAGUUUAUGAAUGUAACUUCUUUCAAAAUUUGACUGAUUUAUGUUCCACCUGAAAGGCUCUUAAAACAUAAGUUUCGAUGGCUCAGUCGGUUAAGUGUCUGCCUUU